GACCAGUUUCACAGUUACUACGCUGUAGCCCGAGAAGUGAGUAUGCUGUAUGGAAGCACCGAAGCGGGGUUCAUAGCAUAUGGCAUUGUUGAAGAGAACAAGGCGAAGGACUACUUCUGUGGACAAGUGGCGCCAGGAUUCAAGGUGAGAAUCGUGGACGCCGACAACAAAGAGUGUCGGAUAGGACAAGUAGGGACCAUACAUGUCAAAGGCAGGGCGGUGUUCAGGGGAUACCUGAACCGUGUAGAGAACCCGGACCCCAAGACUCUGUUGGCCUUCACCAAGGACGGCUGGCUGAACACGGAUGACAGCGGUUACUUUGAUGAAGACGGAAACUUGUAUGUCCUGGGCAGGUUGAAGGACGUCAUUAUCUUCGGAGCCACGUUCGUGUACCCGGGUUGGCUGGAGCCCAAGAUUACCCAGCACCCAGCGAUCAGCGAGGCCUGCAUCGUCCCUGUGUCUGACCCAGUGCUGUAUCAUAACAUUUGCGCCAUCGUGAAGCCGGUUGACGGCAGCGACCUCAGCGUGCAGCAGCUUGAGACGAUUUGUCGAGACAUCUUCUUGACGGACGAGGACACGGAGGGCACACCUGUACCCAAGUUUUAUCUGAUCCUGCGGGACUUUCCACAAACAGCGACUGGUAAAGUUGAUAGAAAGGUCCUACAGAAAAUGGCAGAGGACAAGUUUGGAGUCCACUGA